AGAAACGCAAAGGGAAAGAGAGGAAAACUGAGAAUGCUGGAGGGGAGUAUUCAACACCCACUGCACACGGCUUCAUAACUAAACCGCCAUCGCUAUCUUCGACUUUCUGCGCCCCAAAGAUGAGAAAACGCACCGUUUACGCAUGGCUUGUAGCACUUCUUUGCUUCCUAGUUCUCAUGAUCGUCACCCCAUCCAUCCCCCAGUCCCAAGAAUACCAUGAUUUCGCCGACCACCGCACCUUCCUCGGUAUUCCUAAUGCACUUAACGUCAUAUCCAAUUUCCCUUUUCUGGUUAUUGGCCUCGUUGGACUUGUGCUCUGUUAUCAUGGAAAUUACUUUAGGCUCAGCUUGCAAGGUGAACUAUGGGGAUGGACAUGCUUCUAUGUUGGUGUGGCUGCAGUUGCAGUUGGAUCUUCAUUCUAUCAUCUCAAGCCAGAUGAUGCUCGCCUUGUGUGGGAUCGCUUGCCCAUGACUGUCGCUUUUACAUCAAUCAUGGCAAUAUUCAUCAUUGAGCGGAUUGAUGAGAGGAAGGGAACAGUUUCAAUUAUACCUCUAGUUUUGGCGGGUAUAAUAAGCAUUGUGUAUUGGAGAUUCUUUGAUGACCUGCGCCCAUAUGCUCUAGUCCAAUUUGUGCCAUGCAUUGUCAUUCCUCUAAUGGCUAUUUUGUUGCCUCCAAUGUACACACAUUCAACAUAUUGGCUCUGGGCUGCAGGGUCUUAUCUUCUAGCUAAGGUGCUAGAGGCUACUGAUGAUGUGAUCUACGAAUGGACGCGACAUAUUGUCAGUGGUCACACACUUAAGCAUCUGGUUGCAGCAAUGGUUCCUGUCUUCUUAACAUUCAUGCUUGCUAAGAGGAGUGUUGAACCUGAGAGGCAAAGUUUGCUUAAAACGUGGAGGGUUUCCUGGACGAAGUUCAGAGAGGGCAACUCCAACACUGAAAGCUACUCUUACUCUUACACAAAUGUGCAGGCUGUGGAGCCCCAGUGAUGUGCUACUUUCCCAUAGAACAAAAAAUAAUAAAGGCUUAUACUGGAUUACGGAAUAUUGUUACACUUGACUGUGGACUAGGUAAAACAAGACAUACCAAGUUAGCUUUUACACAAAAAUAUUAACUGUAAACUUUGUAUAGUUCCCGAUCUUUAUCACAUAGAGAGGACCAUUUUAGAUCUGUGAUUCUGUAUGUGUUGUCUAUUUUUUGUUCAGCAUGGUUAUAAUCUGCACACCUUCAAAGUUCAAA